AUGUCCAUGACAGAAAACCUAAUAAAUCACCAAAUACACUGUAACUUGUCGUUGACCACGGAUUAUGAUAAACCUGUACCAAUAGAAUACUCCUAUUUGCCAAUAGGACAACAAGCUCACAAUGGAGUUUACUAUGCUGCCGCCAUUCUGCUCACUGUUUAUAUUCUAAUUAUAUUUGAACUGGUCCACCGAACAGUAGCUGCUCUGAUUGGAUCAUUCGCUGCUAUAGCUGUUUUAUCUGCUUUAAACGAGAGACCAACAACUGACACUAUAAUCAGUUGGAUUGAUAUGGAAACUAUGAUGUUGUUAUUUGGUAUGAUGAUUUUAGUUGCUAUAUUCGCUGAAACUGGUUUCUUUGAUUACUCGGCGCUAAAGACCAAAAUAACACUAUUACUAUAUUCUUUAAUUGCAUCAGUUUCUGAUCCCGACUCUUUCAGAUUGUGUGAAGUAUUGAAUCUGGACCCAAAACAGAUUUUAAUAGCCGAAGUUUUAUUUUCUAAUAUUGGAGGGACAGCUACAGCCAUUGGUGACCCUCCCAAUGUGAUAAUAGUAGGGGCACUGAGUAGUCAGGGAAUCUCAUUUUCAGUUUUUACAGUUCACGCGUUCCUGGGAAUAUUAUUUAUUAUUGUCGGCGCCUACGGGUUGUUGAGGUUUUAUUAUAGAAACGCUGAAAAUCUGAAAAACCCAGAAUCACCAGAAGUUAGAGAAAUAUUACGCCACGAGAUAGGUCUGUGGAAGAAAGCAGCGUCUAGAAUUUCUGUAGUAACUCGAGAAGAGAGUGUAAUGAGAGUUUUAUUUCUACAGAAAUCUGUCGAACUGGAGAACGAACUGAACCGAGAACUUCAUAGACAGAGAACAUUUGAUGCAAUGAUGCGAAAAGAAUAUAAAAUCACAGAUCCAUGGCUGUUAGUGAAGAGUGGUAUAGUUUUAUCAACCGUCAUUCUGGUUUUAUUUAUUCAUUCAUUCGUUCCUUCUAUUCAUGUAGGAAUAGGUUGGACAGCUGUAACAGGGGCUGUAUGGUUGAUAGUUAUAGCUAAUAUUGCUGAUAUUGAUAAUAUUUUACAUAAAGUCGAAUGGUCAACUCUUCUUUUCUUCUCGGCUUUAUUUGUCCUAAUGGAGGCGUUGGCGGAGUUGGGGUUAAUCCAAGAAAUCGGAAACCUGGUCAGUCAGAUAAUAGAAAGUGUAGAGCCAGAUUCUCGGACUAUAGCAGCGGUGUCUAUAAUCAUCUGGAUUUCCGCAAUAGCUUCUAGUUUUAUAGAUAAUAUACCUUAUACUACGGCCAUGGUUCCAGUUCUAGUCAACAUCAGUGAGAACCCGGAAUUAGAUUUACCAAUUUUACCACUGGUUAUGGCCCUUGCUUUUGGUGCCUGUUUAGGCGGGAAUGGAACGUUAAUCGGUGCGUCUGCUAAUGUUGUUUGUACUGGUAUAGCAGAACAACAUGGAUAUGGUAUCACUUUUGCUGAAUUUUUCAAGGUUGGUUUCCCUAUGAUGUUGGUGACGACUCUAUUAGCUCACGUCUACCUGAUAGUCUGUCAUGUCCUGAUUGAGUGGAACAGUGUGAACCUGUGA